GCUUUUUUCAGAUGAAUAAUACAUUGUUCGCCGCAGAUUUUGACAAAAAUAUCGCUGUGGGAAUUGUUGAUAUCUCACAACGACUCACUUUAUCGCUAUCAUUUAGUUUCCGAUAUUUCGAUAAAAAUUCAUUAUUUGAAUCUAUAACAUAUAUCGGCAUAUUCGGUGUUCGGGUUUUAUGGUGUCAAGUCAUGAAUUCAGACGUGGCUGAAAUUAUACUGAAACAAAAUUAUGAUAUACUUCGAAAAUUGGAAGACCUGGAGCAAACCGUGAAGGAUCUUCAGGAGAUUAAUUGUAUUUUGGCGGAGCUGGUGCGGAAAAAAAUAGAUGAGCCGAAUAGUACUGAGGACAAAGAAGUGAUUCAAGAUACUAAAUAUAAUGAUAUAAAACAAUACGACGGUAACAAUCUUCCCGAUCCAGAAACAAGAUCCACAGGAACUGUAAGAUGGUUUGAUAAACUAAAAGGAUUUGGUUUUAUUCAUGUAACUGGCGUCAAUACAAUCACUUAUACGAUGUCUGUACGUGGGAGAAGCAGUGGAGUUUGAAUUGCGAUCGCAUAAAGGCAGAUUAUCCGCUAUCAAUGUUAAGAAAUUAGAAGAAAUCGACACGAAAGCCACCUACCGGCCUUUGAGGUCACGAAGUAAGACGAUGUCUGAGACGAACCUAUCACGAAAAAGGGAUAUCAGCAGAUCAAGUUUUUAUUUGGAUUAGUCACUGUAAUUAUUAUUUUUCAAAUAUUUAUGGUUGUAAUGGGGAAAGCCCAGUCAAAGCGAACACAGUUUCUGUUCUUACGUCCAAACCAUGUAUCUUCCCUCACGAGAAAGUACAUAGAAAUAUUCGUCUGGUCUUCUUUAAAAAAUUGGCUAUUAAUUGGUGGAGUUGGAAUCUAUGUUAAAUCAAAUUUACAUGCUGAAAAGGUAGAUAUUCAUAAAAAUUUUGGUGAUUUUAUCGAAAGCAUUUGGGUUAAAUUGGUUGCGGGUAAGUGUGAACUGUUAGUAGGUGUUUUGUACCGACCACCCUCUAAAAACAUACAACAAUGUGCAGAUUUAUUAAAUGGUUUCCUACCCAGCCUCUCGGUAUAUCAUCAUAACAUCGUGAUAUUGGGAGAUCUGAAUAUGAAUUUUUUUAAUAACAAUAUAUUCUCACUGAGUUUUGAGCUGAUGGGGUUCACACAAAUCGUAACGGAAGCCACCCGUGUCACAGAUAGUACUGCAACAUUAAUCGAUCCAAUAUUUUUAAAUAAUCCUCAAAUAUGCAGCUAUUCUUCUGUCAUGGACACGAGUGGUAUUUCGGACCACAAACUCGCAUUUUUUCAUUUUGACAUUCCAUCUUAUAAAAGAAAACAAAAAUUUAUACAAUCAGGGAUUUUAAACAUUUCAGUGAGGAUGAUUUUCUUAUCGAUCUUUCUACAUCGGGCAUAGAUGAAUUAUUUACGAAAUUUAAUAUUGAUGAGAAGGUAAUGCACAUUACAAGCGUUAUCGUGGAAACUUAUAAUAAACAUGCACCUUUUAAAACUGUAAGAGUUAAUAAACCACCAUCACAUUGGUUAACAAAUGAACUACGCACUGUUCUUGAUGAAAAGAAUAAUGCACAAGCUUUAUGUAAAACUAAUAAGACUGUGGACGCCUAUAAUAACUUCAAAUCGCUUAGAAACCGUGCUCUUAACAUGAUCAGGAGGGACAAAAAGACAUAUAUCGAAAAUUUGGCAAAUGAAAAUGAUUCAAAAAAAUUGUGGAAGUCUCUCAAACAACUUGAUAUAAAUUUUCGUAGUAAACCAACCCUUCCGGCAAGUUUUAAUGACCCUACCAAAAUUAAUGAUUAUUUUAUGUCUGUUUAUAGCUAUAAACCUGUUGAUUCACUAGUUUGCGAAAACUAUUUCAAAAAUAAAUUAAGCUCUGAAUAUAUUUUUUCAUUGAAUAAGAUUAGUUCAAAUGACGUAUUACAGGCAAUAGGGAGCCUAAAAUCUGAUGCGAAGGGAAUUGAUGGUAUAUCCCUGUCAAUGAUCCAGAUUUGCCUGCCAGUUAUUCUCCAUCACAUCGUCCACAUCUUUAACGACUGUUUGGAAAAAGGCUACUUUCCAAACACAUGGAAACAAGCUCUAAUUAUUACAAUUCCUAAAAAAAUGAAACCCACUGAGUAUAAUGAUCUCAGACCUAUCAGUUUAUUACCAAUUUUAUCCAAAAUUUUAGAAAAAAUUAUAAAGUUCCAAUUGACCGCUUACCUAGAAAAAUUCUUUAUACUUCCCGACACUCAAUCCGGAUUUAGAAAAAAUUAUAGUACAACAUCUGCCCUACUUAAUCUGCCAGACAAUAUUUUAAGUGCCUUAGAUAAGAAAAUGGCACUAGCCUUAAUCUCUAUAGACUAUUCGAAAGCCUUUGACAGCAUCAAUCAUAAAUUAUUACUUGCGAAAUUAAAUUACAUAGGUCUUGACAGUGUAUCCCUUUCAUUUUUCGACAGUUACCUUCAUCAAAGAACUCAGUGUGUUUUUCUCAAUAAAGAAAUGUCUCAAGUGACAAUAAUUCCCUCAGGCGUACCUCAGGGCUCUGUAUUGGGACCGCUUCUGUUCCUCAUAUAUACGUUCGACUUAAGCAAAAGUAUUGAUAAUUCUCAUGUCCAGUCAUUUGCAGACGAUACGCAAUUGCUUCAGUAUUUUAACCCAGAUAAUGUCAAUAAUACUACCCAAAUUUUACAAAACGAUGUUAAUAAAUUAAUUAAAUACUCUUUAGAUCACAAUCUACUUAUUAAUCCACAAAAAUCUAAAAUGUUAUUAUUUUGCGCACAAAGAAAAACAUACAAUGUAAUACAGCUCUUGAACAUUCAGAUAAAUAACCAAAUCUUGCAAUUUUCUGAUUCUGCAAAAAUUCUUGGUGUUGUUUUUGAUACAAAAUUAAGGUUUAUUGAACAUGUUAAAAGUCUAUCUCAGAAAACCUACCUACGGCUGCGCACUCUUAUAGCAAACAGGUAUUUACUAAAUUUUAAGAUGCGUAAAAAACUAUGUGAAGCAUGGGUCAUAUCUAUACUAAAUUAUUGUAAUAUCGUAUACUAUACUUGUUUAGACAAUUUCACUAAAAACGUUAUUCAAGUUAUUCAAAACAAUUGUAUACGAUUCAUUUUUAAUCAUGUAUCGGCGAAAUAUCCCGUUCUAAACUGG